AUGACAGGAAGAGCUAGAGCCAGAGCGAGAGCAAGAGGAAGACCUCCAGCACAAGGGACUGCUCUUCCAGCUGUUGGGGCUGCCGCUGCUCAACAGACUUUGUCAAGUCAGCUAUUCAUGUGUCAGCAACCUCAGCAGCCACAUAUUCUUCCACAAGUAGGAGAGGUACCUGCUGGCUACGGGCGACAGAGGCAAGUUCAGAAUGUUCCGCAAGGCCAGGAGAGAAGACCAGAAGGAUUACAAAUUUCUGCAGGAUUUCAGGAAUUGUCUUUAGCAGAUAGAGGUGGACGUCGCAGAGAUUUCCAUGACCUCGGGGUAAAUACUCGGCAAACCAUUGAACAUGUGCAAGAAUCAAAAACUGGCACUUCAGGUAGUGUGGUAAAACUGGUUACAAAUUACUUUCGUCUGAUGUCUCGACCACAGUGGGCUUUGUAUCAGUACCAUGUUGACUACCAUCCUGAGAUGGAAGCACGCCGCCUUCGAUCAGCUUUGCUUUUUCAGCAUGAAAAGUUAAUUGGAAAGACACAUGCGUUUGAUGGAUCAAUAUUAUUCUUGCCAAAAAAACUAGACAAUAAGGUUAGUGAAGUGUUUAGUAGGACUCGAAAUGGAGAGAAUGUGAAGAUAACAAUCACGCUGACUAAUGAGUUGCCACCUUCUUCACCUACAUGUCUACAGUUUUACAACAUCAUUUUUAGAAGGAUUCUGAAGAUGUUGAAUUUGCAGCAGAUUGGACGCAAUUAUUACAACCCCAGUGACCCAAUCACCAUCCCUAAUCACAGGUUGGUAGUUUGGCCAGGCUUCACAAGCUCUAUCCUUCAGUAUGAGGAAAACAUUAUGUUAUGUGCAGAUGUCAGCUAUAAGGUUCUUCGCAGUGAAACAGUGUUGGAUUUUAUGUACAGCCUGUAUUGCCAGGUUGAAGAGCAACGAUUUAAAGAUGCCUGUGCUAAAGAGCUGAUAGGUUUAAUUGUUCUUACAAAGUACAAUAACAAAACCUAUAGGAUCGAUGACAUUGACUGGGAUGGCAAUCCAAAGCGUACCUUUAGAAAAGCAGAUGGUUCUGAGAUCAGCUUUGUGGAAUACUACAAGAGGCAAUAUAAUCAAGAAAUUACUGACUUGAACCAACCUGUCUUGAUCAGUCAACCUAAGAGGAAGGCCAGCAGUCUGCCAGGCCCUGUGGUUCUAAUUCCAGAACUGUGCUUCCUAACAGGAUUAACUGAGAAGAUGCGUAAUGAUUUUAAUAUGAUGAAAGACUUGUCUAUUCAUACACGGCUGCCACCUGAGCAAAGGCAACGUGAAAUUGGAAAACUCAGGGAUUACAUCCAAAAUGAUGAAAAUGUUCAGAAGGAACUCCAAGACUGGGGUUUAAAUUUUGAUUCUAAUUUAUUGUCCUUUACGGGAAGAGUUGUUGAAGGAGAAAAGAUCUUUCAAUCAGGACGUGUGUUUGAUUACAACCCUCAGUUUGCUGAUUGGUCAAAGGAAACCAGGGGAGCAGCCUUAAUCUGUCCAAAGCCGCUGGAUAACUGGGUGUUAGUAUACACACGGCGCAACUAUGAUACUGCUAAUACAUUAGUUCAAAAUCUGUUUAAAGUCACGCCAUCUAUGGGAAUGAGAAUGAAAAAGGCGACCAUGAUUGAAGUAGAUGACAGAACAGAAGCUUAUCUAAGAGCUUUACAGCAAAGUAUUACCCCUGAGACAAAUAUAGUAUUGUGUGUUUUGUCUAGUUCCCGAAAGGAUAAAUAUGACGCUAUCAAGAAAUAUUUAUGUACAGAUUGUCCCAUUCCAAGUCAGUGCGUGCUUGCUCGCACUUUAAGCAAACCUCAGACUGCUAUGGCUGUAGCCACAAAAAUUGCCUUACAAAUGAACUGUAAAAUGGGUGGAGAACUUUGGACUGUUGAGAUCCCACUGAAGCAGGUAAUGAUUGUGGGAAUUGAUUGUUACCAUGACACUUUAGCUGGGAAGCAGUCAAUUGCAGGAUUUGUUGCUAGCAUGAAUCAAACAUUGACACGGUGGUUCUCACGUUGUGCUGUUCAAACUCGUGGGCAAGAACUUGUGGAUGGACUCAAAGCCUGCUUGCAAACUGCUCUAAGAGAAUGGUUCAAGUGGAAUAAGUGUCUGCCCUCUCGUGUUAUUGUGUAUCGUGAUGGUGUUGGAGAUGGACAGCUGAGUGCUUUGGUUAAUUAUGAAGUACCUCAGUUUCUGGAUUGUUUGAAGAAUAUUAGUAAAGACUACAAUCCAAGACUUACUGUGAUAGUUGUGAAGAAACGACUGAAUACCAGGUUCUUUGCACAGUGUGGUGAAGCACUUAAAAACCCACCCCCUGGUACUGUGGUUGAUGUGGAGGUUACCAGACCAGAAUGGUAUGAUUUCUUUAUUGUGAGCCAGGCUGUGAGAAACGGUUGUGUUACACCCACUCAUUAUAAUGUCAUUUAUGACACCAGCAAACUGAAACCAGAUCAUAUACAACGUUUAACCUACAAACUUUGCCACAUGUACUAUAACUGGUCGGGUGUUAUCAGAGUACCUGCUCCUUGCCAAUAUGCUCAUAAACUGGCUUUCCUCAUCGGUCAGAGUAUUCACAAGGAACCAAACCUGCUGCUUUCAGACAAACUUUACUACCUCUGA